AAUGGUGGGCCUGGAAACCAGCUGGAGAUUGCAAAGUCUCCUUUCCCUCGAGGUUGCUGGUCAGUGGUCAACUUCCACCACCCCCAUGGAAACUAGAAGAGCUCCAUGAUAACUUCUGUAAGGUUUGUUUCACUAUGGAAGACCAAAUGAUUUUCUGGCUCAGGUUUUGUGAAGUUCGGCUUCUGCCUUGGACCUGCACUUUGGAAAAGGGAUCAUCUCUGAGGCGCGGUUGAGAGACAGCAAAACCAGUCCCAGAUGAUGAGCACUUUAAGUAGCACUGGAAUAUUACUCAGCUUAACAACAGUGUCUGUUACGCUGGAUUUUAGUUUGCAUGGUGGUCUGAUGGCUUGGUCCUUAAGCAGCAAUUUGACUCUGAAUCAGAGCUGGCCUACAUCUGAUCCUCUCAAUGCCUCUGAGAAGGGGGAAGUCUCUCGGACGUCCGUGAGGGAAAAGAACUGGCCUGCCCUCCUGAUCUUGGUUGUCAUUCUGCUGACCAUUGGGGGAAAUAUAUUGGUAAUUAUGGCUGUGUCCUUGGAGAAGAAGUUGCAGAAUGCCACUAACUUCUUCCUGAUGUCCCUGGCAGUGGCAGACAUGCUGGUGGGUAUCCUGGUCAUGCCCGUGUCGCUCAUUACAGUCCUGUACGGGAUAUCCAUGCCCAUUCCAGUCAUUGGUUUGCAGGAUGACUCCAGGGUGUUUGUGAAUGGGACCUGUGUCCUCAACGACGAGAACUUUGUCCUCAUUGGAUCCUUCAUGGCGUUCUUCAUCCCUCUCAUCAUCAUGGUGAUCACAUACUGCCUGACUGUCCAGGUGCUGCAGAGACAGGCGACUGUGUUCAUGUGUGGAGAGGUGCCCAAGCAGAGGAGGAGCAGCGUAAACUGCCUCAAGAAGGAAAACAACACAGAGAACAUUUCAAUGCUUCACAAUCACGAGGGGGCAUCUCACUUGAACUCUCCUGUGAACAAGGAGGCCGUGCUGUUCCGGAAGGGAACCAUGCAGUCCAUCAACAACGAGCGAAGAGCCUCCAAGGUCCUGGGCAUCGUCUUCUUUUUGUUCCUCAUCAUGUGGUGCCCAUUUUUCAUCACUAACGUCAUGUCUGUCCUUUGCAAGGAAGCCUGUGACAAAGACCUCUUGAGUGAACUCCUGGAUGUGUUUGUUUGGGUGGGGUACGUUUGCUCUGGGAUUAACCCCCUUGUCUACACACUCUUCAACAAAACGUACCGCAGGGCUUUUUCCAAUUACAUCCGUUGCCAGUACAAGACCAGUAAAAAAUCAGCCCUGAGGCAGAAUCAGUGUCUGAAUGUUGCUUCAACAGCUUUAUAUGGGAAAGAUCUGACUUUAACUAGUUACCGGAAUGGCAACGAGUUCAAUAGCAUGGAACUAGAUGAAGUGGAGGAGGGCCUGGAAAUGCAACCAGGGACUUCAGAGCUCUCCAUCAACAGCUGUAACGUUGUAAGCGAAAGAGUGAGCUGUGUGUGAAGGUGUCUCACACAGCCUUUUGCUACUGGGUGUCUGUAGCCAAAAUAUAGUGUGUAAAAAUGUGUUUGGUCCAAGGACAAUGUAAAUAUUGCAUUCUGAACAAAGCGCUUUUUUUUUUUUUUUUUUUUUUAGGAAAAAAAGAAAAGGAAAAAAAAAAAAAAGAGUUGUCUUUCCAGUCCAUGUACUUAAAAUAUCUAUUAAUAUACUGCAGUGA